AUGAACCCAGAAAGUUUUGAGUUAGCCUCAACCUUAUGCACAGAGCUGAGAGAACAGGUACAGCAGUUCCUGUUGUUGUUGUUGCUGGUUUUGUCCUCAGCCAGUCUGAAUGAAGCCAUGAAGAACCACUCAGAAGGAAAUGUCCCGCCUCUGACCCCAGAUCUGAAGGAUGGAUUUGCUGUUAUAUCUAACGAAACAAUCGCAACAGCCCAUCGUAUUCUGCCUCCUGCUGAAUCCAGAAACAAAAGACAUGCUAACGUGUACAGGCCUGCACUGAAAUGGCAUAAAUGGAAUGGUCAUCUGCCAGAUGGAGCUGUUUCAAUUUACAAUGAUUACACCAAGCGCAUCGACUACGUCUGCACAUAUGCUUGUCAGUCUGGUUUUUACACCUCCAGCAAGGGUCCUUACUGUCACUACCCUUUUGCUGGUGAGGAGCGUACUGCUUCCUCAUUUGAGAUUCUUGUGAAUGAAAAUGGUUUUGAGAAGCUGGAGUGGAAGGAGGGUUCCCAUGGUUCUGUGCCAGCACAUUCACUCUAUACUUGCAGCUCCACUGAAUCACUAUUUGUAGGCAAGAACAAGUAUGGUCUGGGAAAAGUGCAUCCAAGUCACGACUGCUUUUAUCUUCCCUGGGAGGGUAAAGAAUAUUGGUACAUGUGGACUUAUGAGGUCUUGACCAUCAACAUGGAUGCUUCAGAUGAAGUUAUCUCUGAUGUCAAGUAUAACACUAUUGAGGCUAGAAAGUUCAAGAAUCCUCCAGAGGUCUUGAAAACGUCAACCACCAGUAAUGCUAACUGCCAGUCAGUGUCAAAAACAAUUGUUCUUAGCGCAAAAACGAGUGACACAAGUAUGUGGGACGUCAACUUUGACCACUUGUUAAAUGCAAAGCAGCUGCUGUUGUUGCUGCUGGUUCUGUCCUCAGCCAGUCUGCAUGAAGCUGUGAAGAACCACGCACUGAAAGAAAAGGUCCCACCUCUGACCCCAGAUCUGAAGGAUGAAUUUGCUGAUACCAUAUCUAACGUAACAAUCUCAACAGUCCAUCGUAUUCUGCCUUCUGCUGAAUCCAGAAACAAAAGACAGGUUAACCCGUACGCCUCUGUGUUCGACCCAAACAGCAAACUGAGAUGGGAGGAGUGGAAUGGUCGUCUGCCAAAUGGAGCUGUUUCAAUUUACAAUGAUUACACUGAACGCAUCGACUAUGUCUGUAAAUAUGACUGCCAUUCUGGCUUUUACACCUCCAGUAAAGGUCCAUACUGUCUCUACACUGAUGCUGGUAAGGAGCGUACUGCUUCCUCAUUUUACAUCCUUGUGAAUGAAGAUGGUUUUGAGAAGCUGGAGUGGAAGCAGGGUUCCUAUGGUUCUGUGCCAGAACAUUCAGUCAGUAGUUGCUCCACUAACACAAUGUAUGUAGGCAAGAACAAGUAUGGUCUGGGGACAGUGUAUCCAAAAGACAAAUCCUUUUAUCUUCCUUGGGAAGGUUUAGAAUAUUCGUACCAGAAAACGUAUGAGGCUCUGACCACCAACAUGUAUGUUAGACAUGAAUUUGUCACUGAUGUCAAGUAUAAUAUUGAUCAGGCUGAAAUUCUCAAGAAUCCUCCAAAGGUCUUGAAAAAGUCAACCAUCAGUAAUGCUAACUGCCAACCAGUGACAAAAACAACUAGUCUUACCACAAAAACCAGUGAAACGAUCCCUCCUCUGACCCCAGACGUGAAGGAUGGAGUUGCUGAUAGAAUAUCUAAAGUAACAAUCUCAACAGUCCGUCUUGUUUUGCCUCAUGCUGAAUCAGGACAUGAAAGGCAGGUUAGCUCGUACGCCUCUGUGUUCGACCCAAACAGCAAACUGACUUGGAAGACAUGGAAUAAUGAGCUGCCAAAUGGAGUUGUUUCGAUUUACAAUGAUUACACCAAGCGCACCGACUAUGUCUGUAAAUACGGCUGCCAUUCUGGUUUUUACAGCCCCGAGAAGGGUCCUAACUGCCACUACUCUGCUGCUGACAAAGAGUUACUUGCUAGCUCAUUUGAGAUCCUUGUGAAUGAAGAUAAUUUUGAGAUGCUGGAGUGGAAGGGGGGUUCUUAUGGUUCUGUGCCAGAAAAUGCAGUCAGUAGUUGCUUCGAUAACAGUGUGUAUGUAGGCAAGAACAAGUAUGGUCUGGGGAAAGUGUCUCCACAAAACAAAUGCUUUUUUCUUCCCUAUGAGGGUAAAGAAUAUUGGUACAAGCAUUAUGAGGUUCUGACCACCAGCAUGGAUGUUAUAAGUGAAGAUAUCUCUGAUGUCGAGUAUAACACUGAUCACAUUGAAAAGAUCAAGAAUCCUCCAAAUGUCAUGAAAACAUUAACCUUCAAAAAUGCUGACUGCCAACCAGGGACACAAACAACUACUUUUGCAACAAAAAAUGGUGACACAAAAACGUGGAAUUUCAACUUUUCCCUAAUGCUUGGAGCAAAGGGAACAUUUAAAACAGGAAUUCCUGUUUUUGGAGAAGGUACUGUUGAAGUGUCCUCAUCUGUAACACUUCAGUACUCACAAAGUAGUUCUGUAACAGUAGAGGACACACACACUGUGUCUUUCACUCACGUUGUCCCACCAAAGAGCACAUGUAUUGUUAAACUAGUUGGUCUUACGUACAACGCAAAAGUCCCUUUUACCGCCCGCCUCACCCGCACCUACCGAAGCAAGAAGACCAGCUGGACAACCAUCACUGGAACAUUUAGUGGGGUCCAGCUUGGAGAGCUUGUUCUUGAAGAAGAGCCCUGUGAACCAUUACCUAACACCAAACCUUGUGCCUGA